UCAGCACUCAGUCCAGAGGCGGCACUGUGGUUCCCAGCAAGCAACUGACGGUAAACCCUCUUGGAAACGUGCCUUUUUUCGUUGUUAUCACAAUAACCCGGAAAGGAUUAUAUGCGACUGCUACGUUUGUGCUAGUCUGGUUAUUAUUUAUAAGCCGAUAUUGAAAUUAUUUCCUUUCGUUCUUCAACAUUGUUAGUAUAUAAAUCUUCUUGAGCAUGGCGGGGACAGCGCUGAAACGACUCAUGGCAGAAUAUAAACAACUGACAUUGAAUCCACCAGAGGGGAUUGUAGCAGGCCCUGUCAGUGAAGAGAAUUUCUUUGAAUGGGAGGCUUUGAUUAUGGGUCCGGAAGAUACCUGUUUCGAAGGAGGUGUUUUUCCAGCAAUCCUGAGUUUUCCUUCAGACUAUCCUCUGAGCCCUCCGAAGAUGAGGUUUACCUGUGAAAUGUUCCACCCGAACAUCUACCCAGACGGUCGAGUGUGUAUCUCCAUCCUUCAUGCCCCAGGUGAUGACCCGAUGGGAUAUGAGAGCAGUGCUGAGAGAUGGAGUCCCGUUCAGAGUGUUGAGAAGAUCCUUCUGUCAGUCGUCAGCAUGCUGGCUGAGCCAAAUGAUGAGAGUGGAGCCAAUGUGGACGCGUCAAAGAUGUGGCGUGAAGAAAGAGAACAGUUUUUCAAAAUAGCUGAACAGAUUGUAAAGAAAUCCCUGGGACUUUAAUACCAGCUCGAGCAUCUUAUCCUAAUGGACCUCUCCUUUUCUGUGUAAAGAGAAUAGUUUGGAGACUCGAAAUACAUAGCUGAGAACAGAAUCUCUCUUGAUCUCUCUUGCGCUCUCUAGCGAUAUCACGCCACUAUUUCUUUUAAGUCUAGGACCUUUGCUGUGGUUACUGCCAAUAGGGGCCGCUUGUGAGACCUCGUACAUACAAUGUUAAUCCUCCAUAGUAUCAGGAAUCAUUAGUUAAUUCAACUUGGUUAUUUUUUUCAUACUGGCAAUUUCUGUUAACAGAUAUAUGGAUACCAAGAUUCCAAAGUGAAUCACCUCUAUUGUGAUAUAUAUAUAUAUAUAUAUAUAUAUAUAUAUAUAUAUAUAUAUAUAUAUAUAUAUAUAUAUAUAUAUUUAUAUAUAUAUAUAUAUAUAUAUAUAUAUAUAUAUAUAUAUAUAUAUAUAUUUGUCUUAAUUUAACAUUUUAGGUCAAUUACUUCAUGGGUAUCCAUAUUGUGUUAUUGUCUCCAAAUUUUGUAUUGAAAGGGCACAUACAGUAUAAUUAGAGCAGGAUGAGACAAACUGCAUCUGUGGAUUAGAAAUAGUAUUUUAGCAUGUAAAACAAGAACACGUAGCCCAUUUUGUAGUACAAAGCCCUCCUUAGUAGUGCCUACAGUAUAUCCGACUGUGAAAUUACCCAUGUUUCUGUUGCAGUGAGCUGUGUGUAAGUUUAAUGAGGCAAUGGCUGAUCCUUAUUGUAAAAUGGUAUAUAUAUAUAUAUAUAUAUAUAUAUAUAUAUAUAUAUAUAUAUAUAUAUAUAUAUAUAUAUAUUAGUCCUCCAACUAGUGAGACUGUGAUGAAGGUUUUUAUUUUAUAUAUACAUGGGUAACUUUCAAUUUAGAAAGUGUGUUUUUUACUUGUGAAGUGCAAUCAGACUUUUUGUUUAUUUAAACUGAAUUAUACUAAAUAUGUUAAUUGUAGUUUGACUUUCAACAGAAGUAUAAUAUCUUUCCUGAUUUCUGAAAGUUUUGGGGAUAAAAUUGAAGAACUAUGUUCAUCUUCUUGAACCAGUUAUUAAUAUUUUAUGACACCACUAAUAGGAGAUCAUAGCCCAAAUCAUGUGUGGCAGUCCAAAUUUUAGGUCAACUUUCUCUUGCCACAAAAAUUGUGUGUGUGUGUGUGUGGUGUGGAACCUUUUGCUAUUAAUGUUAUGACCAAAGUUAUGGCUUCUGUUAAUUCUGAUUUCAGUUUAAGAUUUGUGUGUUUGUCUGGAUCUCAACUGUUUUAUGGAGAGGCAGACUAAAAGGCGUAAUCUUGCUUCUGUAGCCGGGAUGGAACAGAAAAUUGUUUCUGAGACAAUUUUAUAAAUAACCUUCUGGAGGUCAUUGGUUCCUUCCCUUGUUGGGGUUAUCUCAGUGUUUACUUAAGUGUACAUUUCAAACUAUGGGGCAGGCUGGCUUCCUGGUUUGGGGGUUGAUAGACCAUACUCUGGAAGCAAAAGUGUUCAGGGUAACUAGGAAGUUGCUCUUGUGUGAGGAGAUAGGCACUGCCAGCAGAUGCUGUAUGCCAAAAGAAGUAAACGUGGCAUUAAUUGCAGUUUGGCUUUGCUUUAGGGAGUAACACUGAACCCAAACCCAGUGGUAGUGCCCUGUCCGUGCAUGUCUUAACACAAUUUGGAUUAAUUAGUAUUUUUGUUUAGAAUUACAAAUACUUUCAGAUUUCUCUGGUCAAUAUGUAUUGCUGUGCUUUUUUCUUUUUUUCUUCAUUGUAAGCAAUUGACACUAAAGUGUUCAGUGGUUGUUUUUGAUGGUGUUUAAUCCAUACAUGCAUUUUUAGUUAUGUAGACAUUCUAGUAAUUUUAUUGACAUAAAAGGAAAUCAAAUGAGGUUUUCUGUCUUAUGGCAGUGAUUCAUUUAGUAAUCCAAAACAGUUGUGCAGUUUUGAUGGAAAAGAAAAUACCAGCUGGAUGGAAACCUAGGUGACUUUGUAGCUUACUAUACCGACCACUUAACACUAGAACCGCAGGAUUUUCAAACUACCUAGAACCGCCACAUGGGUCAUUUUGACCCAUACAUUUUUAAUGUUCUUCAAUAUGAAAAUGAAAGGCAAGCUAUCGCAUACAACUCGCAUACAAGUUUUAUUCAUGACCAUCAUUUAUAUCAAACGUUUGAACCACAGAAACACAGUAUUUAAAUGAAAAAAAAAAAAACAUAAAGGAUUUUUUUUCAAAAUGAGCGCAUAUACAGCACGACUACAAAAACUUGAUAAACUAAAAUAAACAUUUCAAGAGAAACUAUUGUGGAAACGGGUGUAAACAGGUAUAUGUAAAAUACAAAACUGUAAUGGUAACAUAAAAAUGAAUAUGUUACACUACUUCCAGGCAUGUAAGCCUAUGCUGAUUACGCCUGGAAGUAGUGUAACAUAUUCAUUUUUAUGUUACCAUUACAGUUUUGUAUUUUACAUAUACCUGUUUACACCCGUUUCCACAAUAGUUUCUCUUGAAAUGUUUAUUUUAGUUUAUCAAGUUUUUGUAGUCGUGCUGUAUAUGCGCUCAUUUUGAAAAAAAAUCCUUUAUGUUGUCCGCAAAAUGCAAUAAUAAUAAUAAUAAUAAUAAUAAUGUGCAUCUGGGGCUAUUCGGACCUACUUGAUCAUUCAAAGACCGGCGUAUGUAACGCAAAUUACUACAAAAAUAGCACCCAAAAAAAGCACAAUCCUGUUUUAGAGCAGAUGCAGUGACAUCAGAUGCUGCAAAAUGAUUUGUCGAUCUUGGGGAGGUGUUGUGACUCUUGGUCUCCCAGUUCAUGGCCUGUCAUUGACAGAGUGUGUCUGGUUAUAUCAUCUUGCCAGGUUUGAAAUUGCUGGCUGUGAGCACCCAAGACGGUGAGCCACAGUACAUUGCCGUAGUCCAGCCUCCAAAAUGCUGGCUGCAUGAAGGCGCUGCUCUCUUGAAAAGACGUGGCUUACGAUUCACAAUGGAAGAGUAAUUAACAUUUUAAAUCCAAAAUGGGUCAAAUUGACCCGCGCGGCUGUUCUAGCGUUAAAGGGCUAUCAUGGGACUUGGUUUAAUAAAGCAUUAAGUAUUUAAUAUAUAUAAAUUGCUACUGUGUUAGGCAAAUUGUGGACUGUUAAUCCAUCACUUAUCUGCAGAAACAUUUUAGAAUCAGAAUUUAAAGUCAGGAAACAGUAAACACUUACCAGCAUGUUGAUGCCCAACUUUUCAGGUCUUGUUAUAGUCCUCUUGUUUCAAAGUCCUGUCAUCUCCUGAUAGCAAACUCAUUCCAAUUCAGUACGUAGCUAGAGUGCUCUACAGUCCAUUUCAAAUGCUAGCAUUCGUGUAGCUGAUGACAUCGGCACUUCAGGCUAAUCAAGUGGUUUAACAACUGGUACGUAGAGUAUUUACACAUAAUCUUCAUUUUCUGAGCAGUCGAGCGGGGGUUGAUUUGAUUUUGAUAUAGACUGAAAGCAAAUGUUGUUGCAUAGGCUAUUGUUUACCAUCGAACCAGGACCACCUCCAGGAGUAGAGUUGUUCAGUGCGAAUUUAGUCAGUUUGGAUAUUUCACGUACACACAUACAGCUGUACAAGUUUAAAAAAAAAAAAAAGUUGAUUCAUGCAUUUCAUGCCUUUGUCCGUUAUCCUGGACAGCUGAGCUAGAUUAAUAACCAUUAUCUUUAGUGAUUUGGGGGUUUUGAGUAAUUAUGGGAAUUGUUUUGCCAAACACGAUUAAAAACUCUUCUGUUUGUAAACGAGAUGCUGCAUCUAGUCGCAACUAUUAGACCCUCCUCAAUGAUUUUGUGGUAGCAAAAUAAUAAUAAUAAAAAUAAAUAAAUAAAAUAUAUGGGCAAUCUGACUUGGGUUAGCAACUGCGACAAACUAUUUUAAAGAGUACAGCUAAAGCAUAUGUGCAUUUAAAAGAAGCUAUGAAAUACACUCUUUGCUACCAUGGCUUUCUACAAUUAUACUUGCUUCAAAAGGUUAUAACAGGUUUUAUUUGCUUCUCUUUUAAGUGAAUGCUUACUCAUCUUCGUUGUUACUUUUACAGUGAUGUAUGCCGCAGAUUAUAUCAGAGCAAAGCAUAUAACCUGCUCUAUAAAAGUAAAGCAAUAAAAUGAAGAAGAGGGGGGAAAGAAAAAGAUUUGAAUUUGUUUUUAUUUUUGAACUCAAUGACUGGGAGGUCUUGCCCAGACAGAUUGUUAAAAGUUUAAGAGGUACAGAUAUUGACACAUAUCCAGCAUAGCUCUAAAAUGCGAAUACCACUAAUGGUGUCAAAUGAAGACCUGACUAGAGGAAAUUUGAAGACUGAUAUUAACAUGCAAAGCAUUGGCCCUGUGUGUUCAACCACUGUUUAAAGCCAUUUCCAUUUACACAAUGUCACAUUUGAACAGGCAUCUCAUAUACCUUGGUUAUGAAACUGAAGUUAUUUUGACAAUCAGAAUCUCAGUAUGUAAGAAGAUUUUACAGUACAUUUGUCUGUGUUUGUCGCACUUACAUUUUUACACAUCCUUAGUGUCCUAUUCAUUUACUUUUUUAUGAUACAAUGCAUCUUUAAAUGUGUUACAGGAUGCUAUAAACCAUAUUAUACAGUUAUUACUACUAAUAAACAGGCUACAGAACUACAAUGAACAUGUAAACAGCAGAGAUUGUUUUUCAUCAUCGUGCUACAGUAGACCUAGUGAGCUCAAACGGAUACAUGCAGGGCUGGCUAUUUUCCACCAGGCCGGUAGCUCAUCGACAUCCGCUCUCGAGUUCCUGGGUGUAAAGAGGCAACUGGCUUGGUCAUGGAUGCCAUGAAGGAACAACAUUUGGGGAGAAAAUUGAGGGUAAAAUAGCAGGACACUCAAAACCUACAGAAUGGUACUAUGUGUAACUGCUUCCUGUAACAAUGUGCUGUUGUGAUCAUUUUAAGAUUCUCCUACCUGACUUGUAUAUUUUCCAGUAGUCUUUUUUUAGAGUGUGCUUUUUUUUUCUCCUCCAAUGACUUCUGCUGGAUGAACUACCUGCAAAGUGGACAUUUCUAUUCAGCAGGACUAAUACAGACAAACACAAACAUUUUUGACCUUCACAGAAAUAAGGCACUCAUUUUUCACAGUAUAACUAAACUACAGUCUACAUUUGUAUAGAUUACAUUGGGUAAUUCCAUGUCAAGCAAUACCAUGUAGGUUGAAAACAAUUGUUAGUGGUGGGAUCCUCUGUACCUUUAGGUUUAAGACCUUAAAACAGAUGGAAAACUAGAAAGAGGAGAACCAAUCCGUCUGCACUUUCAUCUAAAACAAAAGGAAGCGUUUAGGCAAUUUGUGAGACACAGACUGCGCACCCUGCAGCACAGCUAGAAACAUCCACCGAAGACCCUUCCUCCACUCCUAGAAGGAGGAAACGCCAGGAAACCCAAAACAAAAAAACUGAUGUGUUGUUUUUGGCUGUGGGAUAUUCUUUAAUGAUUUCUGAGCCAAGCCAUUAUUAUUUAGAAUGAAUUUUACUGAGGAAAUCACAAGGUGUUUUUCAGUUUCAAAUGUACUUUUACAAUCUUCAUCAAAAUAAAAACCUUUUGAAUUUUCA